UCUAAACCACAACACCGUGGGCUCAUGGAUCUGAGUGUGUUUGGCCGGGCUCACAGCGAACUAACUACCGAGAAUUACGGACAUAUCCGAAAGACGUCUUUGUGUCUUUCCGCACCCUGCGCGGCUGAACGUCGGCAGCUCACGGUAGGAACACACACCGCUGCUGCCUCAUGAAGCGACUGACAGUCAGCCAUGGAGAAGAGGUUCAGCCAAUGGAAGCAGCAGUGUGUCAACAAGCUGGACCUGAGUAAGAAGGGCAGUGUGGACGAGGACAUCUCUCAUGUGGUGUCUCUGCUCAACAACUGCGAGCAGUUCUUCACCACCAGCUCCUGCUCCGGCAGGAUCAUCCUUAUCGACGGGGCUCCAGACAGCACUGAUGUCCACAAACAGGACUGUGUUUGGCUGUUUGUCUCCCACCAUAAAUGCAAAUGUGAUGAGCUGAUGUCCGCUGUGGAGCGCUCCAGUGGAGACGCAGUGUUAAAGUUUGAGCCCUUUGUGCUCCAUGUUCAGUGCAGACAGCUGGAGGAUGCACAGCUCAUGCACUCUGUAGCCGUAAACUCAGGCUUCAGGAACUCUGGUCUCACGGUCAGCAAGACAGGAAAAAUCAUCACGGCAGUCCGUAGCACCCACGGCCUGGAGGUUCCUCUCAGCCACAAAGGUAAACUCCUGGUUGAACAAGAGUACAUCAACUUCCUGACUCAGAUAGCCAAUCAGAAGAUGGAGGAGAACCUUAGACGGAUCCACAGGUUCUACCAGAAUCUGCAGUCAGCGCUGCAGACAGAGAAACUACACAGACUACAGCUGUCAGAUCCGCCCAGCUCGCAGGAAACACCUCACAGAGCAGAGACACAAAAAGAGAAGGACGUAACAAGUGUAUAUAAACGAAGACGAAAGAGAGAACAGAACCAUCAUACUGACUGUUGCCAUAGUGACGGAUCUAGCAUCAUGUCAGAGCUGGACGACUGUCUGGAUAGUAUAUUCACAUGAACAUGCUAACAUGCUGCUGUCAUCACUGACUGGAUAAUAAUGUGGCUGUUGUGUUAAUGUUUUGGUGCAGAUUGUCAGUUUGAUUUGAGAGAGCUAUAGUCUGUAUCACAAAGAAGAUCACCAUGGUAACCCAAACUGCAUCAGUGACCUGCUGUGGAGCUGCUUUUAGUGAUCAGUGUAAAAACAGCAACUGCAAAAGCUUGCUGGAGUGAUGGUGGAGUAAACAUGGUUCUAACAUGGACAGAAGAAGUGUGAACAUGAACGUCAGGAGAAUCACUUUAAUGAUUCCAGAAGUGAAAUGAUGAUUUAUGAUUUAGUAUUGAUUCAUUAUUGUAAUUAAAAACUA